AUGACAAAUGCUCUCAGCGGGAUAAACUUCUCUAAAUUCACUUUAAAUUUAACAUAUUUCAACAUAAACGUUUUCAUGAAUGAUAAAGAAAGAUGGAUUUAUGCUUCGCUAAUUCCAUUAAAGCUUAAACUUUACACAAAUAUUUCUGUCGCCAUAACUCAUGGCGAUGAAGACAAAAAGUUUUUCAUCCUUCAUCGAGACGUCAAAAAACACUGUCAAGUGGAAGUGACUUAUGAAGAAGCUUCUUAA